AUGGCGUUUUCCCUGUUCAGAGUUCCGUCUUCCCCAUGGUGGGUUACUCCGUUUAUGAGAUGCCGCCGCUUCGAUAGCUGCAACAACCACAAAUCCAUUAGAAUUAUCAUCCACCGCAUCUCAUAUUCAUCUUGCGCCGCCGCCGCCGCCGCCGCCGCCGCCGCCAGCACCCCCCAAACUAGCCAUUCGGAGACGUCACUCAAAUGGGAACCUUUUCGCAAGAAGAAAGUCGUAAUGCGCGUGGGCUACGUCGGUUCUGAUUACAGAGGUUUACAGAUUCAGAAAGACGAACAUGCUCUAUCCACCAUAGAAGGGGAACUAGAAAAAGCUAUUUUUAAAGCUGGUGGAAUCAAAGAUAGCAAUUAUGGUGAUUUGCACAAAGUUGGGUGGGCAAGAAGUAGUCGGACGGAUAAAGGGGUUCAUUCAUUGGCAACCAUGAUAUCCUUAAAAUUGGAGAUCCCAGAAUUUGCCUGGAAAAAUGACCCAAAUGGUUUUGCUCUUGCGACUUAUGUUAAUUCUUAUCUUCCUGACGACAUAAGAGUUUUCAGCAUCUUGCCUUCACAAAGGAGCUUUGAUGCCCGAAGAGAAUGUAGCCUUCGAAGAUAUUCAUAUCUUCUCCCUGCUGAGGUUAUUGGAGUAAAAGAGAAUUUAACAUCUGGUGAAGUUGAUCGUCAUUUGUCAGAUUUCAAUGCUAUAUUGAACACUUUUGAGGGAGAACAUCCAUUUCACAAUUAUACAGUAAGAUCUAAAUACAGAAAACAGAAGAGAGCAAAUGGUUCCAUAUCAAAAAAGGUGGCGUCGCCUGACAUGCAAUGUUGCUCCGAGUCAGAAGGAGGUGAUUAUGAAGAAGAUAUUCAAGAAUUUAAUGAUAAAGCUUCAGCUGGAGUAUUUGAAGAAAUUAAAGGCAACUCAAUGAAAGAAAUUCUCAAUGUACCUAUACAUGCUCGGUGGUUGCAUGAACCCGAUGACAAGGACAGGAUCAGUGCUUCGCAUUUCAGAAAGAUUUUUCAGUGUUGUUGUGGGAAGUUGGAGCAUUUGGGUGGUCUGAAUUAUGUAGAAAUAUCCAUUUGUGGAGAGUCGUUCAUGUUGCAUCAGAUACGCAAAAUGGUAGGAACUGCGAUUGCUAUAAAACGUGAUUUACUCCCAAGAGAUGUUUUGAAAUUAUCCCUGUCCAAAUUCUCACGGAUUAUCCUGCCUCUUGCUCCAUCCGAAGUACUGAUAUUGAGGGGAAACAAUUUCGUCAUCAGAAACCGACCCGGAAACUUAACGAGGCCUGAAAUGUUGACUUUGGUUGAAUCUGAAGAAAUCCUCAAACUGGUCGACGAUUUUUAUUGUUCUAUCAUGCUGCCUCACUUGUCUAAAUUUUUGGACCCUUCAAAGUCACCCUGGAAAGACUGGGUAGAGAUUUUGGAUGCAAACACGAGUAUCCCUGAAAAUCAGUUAAACGAAGUCAGAAUUGCUAGGGAAGCAUGGAAAGAGGAUUUCGAGAGUCGAAAGAGAAUUGCAGUUUCGUAA